AUGAGAAUUUUCCUUUUUUUAUUUAAUUUUUUUUUCUAGAGAGAGAGGGAAGCGAAGAGAGGAAACCAAAUUAGGGCAAAAAUUGCGUGCGAUUUUUGUUUCUCUUCACUGCGUCUGAUGAGUUUCACUUUUCUUCGUCGUGUUUCUCUUUGAUUUUGCGGCUUUGCUAGAACAAAUUAGGGUUCUUACAAUCUGAUGAAGGACCCGUCACCGAAGAGGAAGGUGGUUGUACGGCACUUACCGCCUUCGCUUUCUCAGUCCGAUCUCUUAUCCCAAAUCGAGCCUCGUUUCGGUGAUCGUUACUAUUGGUUUUCCUUUCGUCCUGGGAAGUCCAGCUAUAAGAAUCAGAAGUUUUCACGGGCCUACGUCGGUUUCAAGGCACCAGAAGAUGUUUAUGAGUUCGCUGCAUUUUUCAACGGGCAUGUGUUUGUUAAUGAAAAGGGUGCUCAGUUCAAGGCCGUAGUUGAAUACGCACCUUCACAGCGUGUGCCGAAACCAUGUGACAAGAAAGAUCCUCGUGAAGGGUCUAUUAGCAAAGACCCUGACUAUCUGGAGUUCCUUAAGCUAAUUGCUCAACCUGUUGAGAAUCUUCCCAGUGCUGAAAUCCAGUUGGAAAGAAGAGAAGCUGAGCAGUCUGGCGCUGCAAAACCGGCUCCCAUUGUUACCCCUCUUAUGGAAUUUAUACGUCAAAAACGUGCUACUGUGACUGGAUCCCAGGGCAUAUUAGAUGUUCGAAGAGGAGGUAGAAGAGCCAGAGCGGUCUCUGCAAACAAGCCAAGUUCAAGGCCCUCGAAACGAAAUUCUGAAAAGAAAAAGUAUGUGGAAAAAGACACUUCAAAAAGCCUUCUUCGGAAGGCUACAUCAGACAUUGGUGGCUCCAAGCAAGAUAUUCAUCAGCCAAAUUCAAGUGGAAAGGACAUACCAGCAACUGAAACCGUUAAUCAAUCAGCUGCUAUAGCCUCUGUCAUGGAUAGCUCUCUCCCAGGAAUUGCAUUGACUAUGGAUUCUGGGAAGAAAAAGAUUUUACUCCUGAAAUCGAAAGACAGAGACAAUCCUGGUAACACUCCACCACAACCGGAACAGCAGAUGGAAACUAAUCUUUCCGGAAGCUCCUCAGCUUCAAGACAGAAUCAGAAGAGUGAUCUUGGUGGAAGGUUGAUCAAGGGAAUACUUCAGAAGAAUGAGCUGCGACCAAGCCAGUCUUCAUCUUUUGUCCAGUCUGAGCAAAGAGUGGAACCCUCAGAAGCAGAAAACUUUAAGCGACCUCCUCGGCCAGCCAACACUCGAGCAGGGAAAGACUAUCAUGUUUCUGGUACCAAUAGUGAGAAGCAAGAGAGGCGUACAAGAAACAAGGACAGACCUGAUCGUGUUGUGUGGGCUCCUCUUCGUCGUGGUGAUGGGUCUAGCGAGGAUCAACCGUCAACUUCAGCAGCAAACAAUGGAGAAGUGAAAGAGAGGAUAUUAUUGCAAAGAUCUGGAGAAUUGGUGAACUCCUCUGGUGGGCACUCUCUUGAGAAUGGUUCUGCUAGACAUUCUAGUCGCCGUGUUGGAGCUCGCAAUAGAAAAGAAGACGGGUUUGGGGUGACUGGUGAGGGUAAACCAUCCCGGAGAGGAGGUGGUGGUGGUCCUAAUUCACAGGAGAAGCAAAUGUGGAUCCAGAAAUCAUCCACGGGUACUUGAUAUAUUCACUUAACAACAUAUGGCUUUAUAUAUCAGCCGUUCCAAUGGAUUUUUUCCUUCAACGGGAAUCUAUAAAUCUCAAUCGAAAUGGGGAGUAACACUAUCAACAUCACUCGGGUUUUUGGGGACUUUUGGUCCAGCGUCGUAAGUCGUAGUAUUUGCACAUAAAAAAGGCCCUUCUCAAAGUAGGAAUCAGCUCAAGGAUUUAUGAGUUUGAGACAAGAAAGACUCAGUUGCUACUGCCUUUGAAGGCUCUAGCGGUUCACGGUACCUGCACCCCCCUUUUGACUUGUGCUGUGCUACGGACAAGUGGGUGAGAAGUGAGAACUUACUCCCGAGUCUGAGUAAUGAAAUAAAGUCAAAGUGUAUAGGGAAGCAGGAAACACUGUGGUUUUAUUUUGGGUUCCUGAGAGGUCUUUGAAACGUGAUUUCAGGAUUUAACCAUAAUAGUUUGAUUACUGUGAAGUAAACUUCUUCUUGCUAAGUAAUAUUUUUCAUGUGGAAGUCGGUUAUUUCAGCUGAUUGUUUUUCUUAAUAACUUAUUCCA